ACGAUGAUGAUGUUCAUUAUUUCCAGAUUUUAACUUCAGGGUGGUUACUAUCUACUCACACUGUUGGACUGGUAUGCGGCGACAUUUUCGGUGACAAUAUUUGCUCUCAUUGAGUUGUUAGUGAUGGCGUAUGUCUACGGUAUCAAAAGAGUUGAUGCAAAUAUGCGGGAGAUGACAGGAAAUGGGGUACCGCUGUUAUUCAAAAUUGCCUGGUGUGUUACAACUCCUAUACUUCUUGCGGUCACCCUCGGUUUCACCGUAUACACCUAUGAACCGCCUUCAUACGGCAGUUACGAGUACGAGCAAUGGCAUAUCGGAUUAGGAUGGUGUAUCGCCUCCGCUUCCCUCGCCCCUAUACCAAUAUACGUCAUCUAUAGGCUAUACAAAACACCAGGGACAUUACUUGAGAGGCUGAAAAUAAACUUACGCCCAAAUGAGCUGUGGGGCCCACCAGAAGAAAUAAGAAAUCCGGAAAUCAUCCCACAAGAAAAACUUUGGGGACCAGCAUUUACCGGAAAUGACGACAUCAAAACCGAUUCUUCAAAAUCUCCCGACAAAAUUGACGGACUUGACAAUCCCUCAUUUCAAACAAAACUAUAAUUGAAGUAUUGAAAUUCACACAUGUUAAUUGUACUAUCAAACAAUGUACUUUUCGUGUGACAUUGGUACUGGUGUAAAACAAAAUGGUACUGGUGUAAAAAUAUUGUUUUCGUUUUGUACAUGUGUGGAAACAAUUCUUCAUAGAACAAUGUGCAAAUUAUGUAUAACAAAAUGUAUAUGACAAAUCCGGAAAUAGUAUUGUCACUAUUCUGUCAUAGGCACAUGACGUCACUUUCUAAAUAACACAACACAAAGGUGAAAGUCGAAAUAAAAUUCACAAAUUUAAACCAAGAAUUGAGUUCAACAUGUAAUGGUCGAAGUUAAACAAGAAAUAUAACUUAUACAUUUAAUCAUUUUCAAAUGUUCUACGCAUAUUACCAUUGUUAACUCUAACCUCACACAAGAAAUGUUUAAUUUUCGUUUCUAUAUAACCAAUUGUAAAUAUUUACUAGCGGCUUUGCAUCAGAAAUAUUGCUUAUAAUCUGUAUUAAUAAUUCUUCAAAUGUUGCCUUAAACCUUGAAUU